AUUUGGCCACAGCCACCAUUUCUUUUCAAGUCACGUUGAUCGUAGCAUGUUUGAAGUCUGUUUGUUUAGGUUUUAGAUUCUUGAAACAUUUCGUCUUAUACAGUUUACAUUUGAUAUUUCACUAUUAUUUUUUAACUUAAAACGAUAAGACUGGAUAUAAUAUGCCUAGAAAUAACAAAAAGCAGAUCUUACAUUGGUUUAGAAAAGGACUUAGGCUUCACGACAACCCAGCACUAAAAGAGGCUUUAAAAGGAGCCGAUACAUAUCGAUGUGUGUACAUUUUAGACCCUUGGUUUGCUGGAUCUACUCAAGUCGGCAUUGCUAAGUGGAGAUUUUUGCUGCAGUGUUUAGAAGAUUUAGAUGCUGCAUUAAGGAAACUGAACUCUCGACUUUUUGUCAUUAGAGGACAACCAACAGAUGUCUUCCCUAGAAUAUUUAGGGAAUGGAACAUCACAACUUUGUCCUUUGAGGAGGAUCCAGAACCAUUUGGUAAAGAAAGGGAUGCUGCUAUAAGACAUUUAGCCAAGGAAGCCGGUGUAGAAGUCAUUGUCAGAACCUCACAUACAUUAUAUGAAUUACAAAAGAUAAUAAGCUUUAAUAAUGGUGUACCUCCUCUCACAUACAAACGAUUCCAAGCUAUUCUUUCAAAGAUGGACCCACCCAAACAGCCAGAAGACACAAUCACUAGACAAUUCAUUGGUCAUACCAAAACACCAAUUUCAGAAGAUCAUGAUGACAAGUUUGGUGUACCAUCACUUGAAGAACUAGGUUUUGACACCGAAGGUCUUGGACCAACAAUCUUCAGAGGUGGUGAAACAGAAGCAUUAGCCAGAUUAGAGAGACAUUUGGAGAGAAAGGCAUGGGUUGCCAGUUUUGAGAAGCCAAAAAUGACCACACAGUCACUGUUUCCAAGUCAGACAGCAUUAAGUCCCUACCUGAGGUUUGGUUGUUUGUCUUCCCGAACUCUUUACUGGAAGCUGAGGGAAUUGUUUAGAAAGGUGAAGAAACGGAGUGAUCCACCGUUAUCGUUACAUGGGCAGUUGCUAUGGAGAGAGUUCUUUUAUUCUGCUGCAACAAAUAAUCCCAACUUUGACCAGAUGGUAGAUAAUCCAAUAUGUGUACAGGUUCCAUGGGAUAAAAAUCCAGAAGCAUUAGCAAAAUGGGCAGAGGGCAAAACAGGGUUUCCAUGGAUAGAUGCAAUAAUGACACAGUUACGACAGGUGGGAUGGAUACAUCAUCUUGCACGACAUUCUGUUGCAUGUUUCCUGACUAGAGGUGACCUGUGGAUAUCAUGGGAGGAAGGCAUGAAGGUUUUUGAUGAGUUAUUAUUAGAUGCUGAUUGGAGUGUGAAUGCAGGGACGUGGAUGUGGUUAUCAUGUAGUUCAUUUUUUCAACAAUUUUUCCAUUGUUAUUGUCCUGUUGGGUUUGGUAGACGAGCUGAUCCCAGUGGUGACUUCAUCAGAAAAUAUUUACCAGUGCUUAAGGCUUUUCCACCAAAAUACAUCUAUGAGCCCUGGAAUGCUCCAGAAAGUGUACAGAAAGCUGCUAAAUGUAUCAUUGGCAAAGACUAUCCAUUACCAAUGGUGAAUCAUGCUGAAGUCAGUAAAGUUAACACUGAAAGAAUGAAACAGGUUUAUCAGCACUUGGCUUUGAGAGCAUCAGCUGCUGCAUCUAUCCCAAAGCCGUUACAUGAAGAGUUCGCCAAGCAUGGUAAAGGUCACAAGUCUGGUAACCAUCCAUCCAAAAUGCCAAUGAUGGCUGGUGGAAAUAAUUAUACACACAGUCUAACAUCGGAGGAAAAUCAGCCGCAACAGUUCAGAGGUUAUAACAUGACAACUAAUUGAACAAUUGUAUUCUGAAGUUUGUAGUUCUGAUGACGACUAAUUGAAUAAUUCCGAUACUUCUGAAGUUUGUGGAUCUGAUUACAACACAACAACUAAUAGAACAAUUCCGAUACUUCUGAAGUUUGUGGCUCUGAUUACAACACAACAACUAAUAGAACAAUUCCGAUACUUCUGAAGUUUGUGGUUCUGAUUACAACACAACAACUAAUAGAACAAUUCCGAUACUUCUGAAGUUUGUAAUUUUGAUUACAAUAUGAUAACUAAUAGAACAAUUCCAGUACUUGUGAAGAAAACAAAUGUGACGAGAGGAAUGAAUAAUGUACAGUUAGAAAUGCUGUUCAACUCUAGGGGCAUCAAAUGUACCAUCUGUUUUUAUUCUGUGUAUAUAUAUAUAUAUUAUAUUUACAUUAGUAUAAAUUGUCUUUUUCUUUCAAAACUAUGAAAUUGGCAGAAUAUUAUACAGCAUCUUGUAUAAUGUCGUAGAUAUAUUUUAAAAUUGAUUGCCUCUUUUUGUAGUGAUAUUAGAGUGUGAAAGCAUUGUCAAAGGUACAUUUUUCCAAAGCGCAGAAGCUUAUUACACUUUAAACGGGCAAAUGUGUAAAGCUUUAACAAUCCUAAAAAACUACAAAAAAUAUGCAUAUGAAACCUAUAAUUUCAUUGUAAUUCCAAAAUUAGGAAAUCAUGAGUUGAUUUAAGUGUAGCGUUUAUUUUGUUGAAAAUAUUCCUGUCUUGUAAUCAUGGAUAGCACAGGGAUGUUGCAUUAUAUUCUGGUAUGAAACCUGGCUUUAAAGAGGCAUUAGGCCAAAAAAAAAUAUAUGUCUGUUUACGGUUACCCGACCUACCCUACUUUUGAGCGCCGACCCUUAGUCAUUUUAUUUCCGUCGUAAAGUGAAAAAUAAACUGAACUCGUGUCAAAAGCGAAGUAAGUGUUGCAAAUGAUAUAAAUCAAUUGCCUGAUACAUCCCAAUGUUCACAAUCGUGAAUAUGACAGCUGUUUUAAAUAAAUUCGCAACUCGUGUGAUGAAAUAAACACUUUGCUGCCAUUUUUUUCCAAGGGAAAUAAUCCAAUCAUCAAAAAUACAGGUAAACUUGGCCCAUGAUCAACUCUGACCAUGACAAGUCGAAACGGCAUGACUCAAAAUCAUGUCACAAAAAAUAAAAUGAAAAAAUAAAAUAAAAUGAAAAUACCGACCUACCUACCCUAUAUUUUUAAAGUAUGUAACCUUAAACAGACAUAUAUUUUUUUUUGGCCUUAGCUACAAUUUAAACAAAUAAUGAAAAUAAAAAUUUUUGGUUUUAAACAUUUACAAAAGCAGAAUAUUGAAAUGAUAUUUUGCUAUUAGCAGUCAGUUUGGUACAAUUUUGUCAAAAUAAGCUCAAAAAAAUUGCUGUUGUAUUUUUUGCUUGCAAGUCAAUAAUUCAACUGCAUUUGAAUCUGUAUUCAUGCAACCUUUAAUUAGGCUGUAUAUCAAUUGGCAGUCUUCGGAAGUCAUCACAAUGGUUAAUUAGAUGGUAUCUAGUCUGAAAUAUGCACGAAAAGCUGAUAAAUUAUAAUGAGGCCAUGCAUUGUAAAUUGUUCCUUUUGGACUUUUUAGUUAUUUGGACAUACGUUAUAGUAUGUUCUAGUAAACAUUAGAAAUUGUGUUAAAUUGAUAAUCAUAAAUUUGACAGCUAAUGCCCUUUUUAACACGACAUGACUGCUAUCUGACAUACUGUUAGAUUAUUUACUAUCCCAGAAAAAUGAUAUGUUGAUCUAAAGUGUACAGAACAUGAAAAUAACUGACUAGCAUGUAAAUCUACUAAGAUCUAUGUAUAUUUAAUAAUUUAUCAUUGCAUAUAGAAUUUGGCUUGUGGUCAUUUUAUGUUUACCCACAUAUAUUUUAUAAGUCUAGUAUGGAAAGAGUCUUAUAUACAUACAUGUUUUUACUCUUGUUUUAUGAAAAAUGCAUAUGUUUUGGUUUGUUGAUCAAGAAAAUUUUAAACAUUAUUUAUAUAAUUGUUGUUAGACAGAUAAAUGUGCUCCUGCGCAAACUUAGUUUCGUAGAAAAAGGUUUCCACAAAAAUUGCUACUUUAACAAAAUGAAAAUCAGUUUUAUUAAUAUAUUAUAUACAUGAUUGAAUACCUGUCAACAAUCUUAGUUAAGUGCUUCAAUUUAAGACCAUAGUUAAUUCAUAAAUGUACACCAGUUCAAAUUUCUGUAUGUGUAUUAAUUCAUAAAUUUACAACUGUUCACACUUCUGUAUGGGUAUCUAUUUAUAAAUUUACAACUAUUCACAUAUAUGUAUGGGUAUCUUUGACAUGGUCAGAUGUUACUCACAUGUUGUAUUUUAUUAUGUUGUGGUUAAAAAACAACAACACACUUGUUAUAGUUGAAUAAAAUAAUAAGUUAUUAA